UGACAUUACUUGAUUCGAUGAAAUGUGAAGCUCGAUGGGAUGAAGCUCGAAUAGAGCAUACAAUUUUUAUUAGUAGCUUUGAUACAUUAACUACUUUGUCAAUAAUUAGAAUCUAAUAUAUACUUAGAUUUCUUUAUUGAAGUUUGUAAAAUCAGACAAUUGCUAUCGAAAUCAUUGAAUAAAAAUGGCGUAUCGUGGUGUCAAAGGCUCCGAUCCAUUUGUGUCAAAAACUUCGCGAAAUGAACGUUUUGCGCAAAUGUCGAAGCAAGAACAAAUUAUUCAACAAAAGAAGUUGGAGAUCCAAGCGAAGAUGCAAGAACAGAAAGCAAAAGAAGCUGUAGAAUGCAUGAAAAAGUCAAAUUCGUCGUCCUCGAGCGCAGCAAGCGGUAAAGGCAAUGGUCCAAAGGAUGAUGAUGAAAAACCUUCAUCUUAUAAUAUGAAUGUAUUUGCCAAUGAUGGUAGCUUUUUGGACCAGUUUAAGAAAAUAGCAAAUAAUAAAGGAACCACAAAACAAGAAGUAUAUGAUAAAUAUGAAGAUAAAAGGAGAGAUGACAAAUCUUACGAAAUUAUUAAAGAAAGAGACAGGGAUAGAAAGCAUCGAAAUGAAAAAACUAGAGAUUGGGACAAUCGACGAGAUCGUAGGAGGAAUGAUUCACGUUGGGGAAGAAGUUCAGAUAAUAGGAAACAUAGUCCUUCAUCAAGUCCAUCACCUACUAGGCAUAGAUCGCCAUUAAGUCCAGAGACAAGACAUAGCUAUAACCAAUCCCAGAAUGGACAGCAUGUCCAGUUCAAUCAAUUUCCGAUUCAUAAUAAUAAUCAUAUUUCUUCCAUUCCAUCUCUCAUGCCUCAGCCACUGAUGCAAAUGACAAGCAUACCUCCACCAAAUAUGAGGAAUUUAGCACCAAUUUCAUCUGUUCAUUUGCAGAGGCUGCCAGUAUCAAAGAAUUUUAACAAUAAUUACACUAAUAUAAACGAUCAUUCUAACAGUGCCAGAAUGCAAAUUGCACCACCUCAUGUUAUACGCCCUCCACCUCCUAUCCAAAGCAUUCCACCUAAUACAAAUGUUCCUCCACCUAACAUGCAGAUUUCUCAAACUAUGCCUAUGGCUAAUUUGUCUUCUUCUUCGAAUGGGCAACAACAUAUUAUACAAAAUCCACAACAAUGUAAUGUACCAUCACCAACAUGUAAUGCUAAUUUACAGCCCCCAAAUAUUCCUCCUCCUAACAUACCUCCACCAAACAUUCUGCCACCAAUGUCACAAAUGCCACCCACUAUGAUGCCUAUUACUGGCACACAAGCUAUUGUGGUAACAGUACCAAAUGUAGCUAAUGUUCCACCUCCAAAUGUGAUAACACCUAUGAUAAUGUCAGCACCUCCACCUGUGCAUUCUGUUCCAUCGACAAUUAAUUCUGUUCCACCUCCAAACCUGAAUAUUCCUCCGCCAAAUGUGCCGCCUCCUACAGUAAUACAAAAUACAGCACCACCACCACGUCUUAUAUCCAGCAGCUAUGCCCUUUCUAAUCAGGUACCAAUCUCGGUGGGCCCACCUAAUGUACAAAUACCACCACCUGUGAGACCACCGACCAAUCUACAGAGUUCUGAACAACAAGUGUGUCUAGUAGAGGCUGAGCAGCUGGCACGUAUCGUGGCUGACUGUGGAGAUGAAAUUGAACAAGAAGUACGCGAGAAGAACGCCCAAGAUCCUAAAUUAUGGUUUCUGCACCAAAAGCAAAGUGCAGCGUAUCUCCAGUACAGGGGAUUGGUUUCAAAAUUACGUGCUGAGAAACCAGAUAAGGAUAAGAAGACGAGCGGUGCUGAACUUUAUUGCCCCGAGGAAGCACUUAGUGACAAUGAUGACAUGGAUAAAUCCCAGAAAUACAAUGUUUCACAUGCAGAUCAAGCGAAGGACGAUAAUAAGGAAGAACGCAAAAGAAGAAGACGCAGCCGCUGGGGUGACGCAGAUAGUAAAAUUCUCGUUACAGAAACAAAUGUAUCUUCCAAUAUCAGACCAAAUGCUGUAUUUUCGCAACCUGGUAUAGCUAUACCAGGACAAAUUGGACAACCCGCUGUUAUAAUACCAUCUUUGUCCAAGAGGCAGAAUAUUAAAUCGAAGAAUCCGAUGCUUACAAAGAUUUCACGAAACGAACCAGCACUUCUUCAUUAUGCGAGACAGACUUUCGGUACACUUGAUUUGAGCGAAGAACAAUGGAAAAAAGCAGAAGAUCAUUAUAAGAUAAAUAUCUUGUACCAAAAUCUUUUAAGGAAAAGGGAUGAAGUGAAACGUUUAGAGGCGCAAGGAAAACAUAAAUACGAGUAUGAUAGCGAUGAAGAGACAGAGGGUGGUACAUGGGAACACAAACUGAGGUCUGCUGAAAUGGAAGCGACGCAACUGUGGGCCGAGGAAUUGACAGCGCAGGCUGAAGGCAAACAUCAUAUUGGUGAUUUUCUACCACCAGAUGAGUUGAAAAAAUUUAUGGAGCAAUAUAACGCCGUAAAGCAGGGAAAAGAGCCUGAUUUGAGCGACUAUAAGGAAUACAAAUUAAAGGAAGAUAACAUAGGCUUCCAAAUGUUACAAAAGCUUGGAUGGAGCGAAGGACAAGGUUUGGGCAGCGAAGGUAGUGGCCGUAUUGAGCCAGUCAAUAAAGCAACAAAUAGACUCGAUAGUGCAGGUCUAGGAGCUGAAAGACCAGAUGGUGUAUCCAGGGACGAUGAUGAAUUUGAUGCGUAUAGGAAAAGAAUGAUGCUUGCAUAUAGAUUUAGGCCUAAUCCAUUAAAUAAUCCGAGAAGACCCUAUUAUUAAAAAAAAGAAAUUAAUGUCAGACAAAAGUUUCAUUAACCUAAAUAUGUUCUUUUUCUAUUAUAUGGUAUAGUAGAUGGUCUUUAUUUUGUAUAUUUGA